AGCACACUCUCUCAUUUCUGCCUUUCAUUUCAGAAGGGACCCUCGUGUUCAUUUCACAACUUUGCGAAGAACUGUUUGAGUUAAAGGUAUUGAGCUCUGGAAAUAUGCUGUUCAACACCAUCACCUGGAUAGGUUUUGUAGUUCUUUCUGUGUUUAUCAGACAAGCCACAACAGAGACACCUCCUACUAUCAGCAACAUUGAUGAACUCAAGACCAUCACCGAAUCCCCCAAGCCUCCAGCCUAUGUGUUUGCUUUGCUGUGGUGGACCUGCGCCGAGACCCUUGAUGUUGAUAACCAUGGAGACAUUGUCCUCAAGUUUAAUCUUGAACUACAGCCUUUUGGAUUCCAUUACUGGUCAAACUGGAAUAAAGCCUGUAAAUGCAAUCCACUUCCUGAAUCAGAAAAUACUAAGAACUAUGCAUUAGGCAAUCUCAACACAAAUGAUUAUCCAUCAUCCAGAUCCCUACCAUCAUACGUCAGAUUUUAUCAUGACUAUUUGUCUUCUUUUGUUUCAUGGGACCCAGAAUCAGCUGACUGGAUAGUCAUCAGUACUUCCACAGAUCCAAAUGGUGCCAACAUGGUGAAUCUCUAUUUUGUUACUAGUCAAAAUCCAUUUCACAUUGAACAUAUAUCCCCACAACUUAUACAGUCAAUCAGGAGCCUUUCAUUUUAUACCUUCUUGGCCACAGUAGGUUAUGAAACUUCCCUCAGUAUUUGCACCGUACAGACAGGAAAUUUCAGGCAGACUACGGCACUUACCAGGCCUCAUGAUUGUGAAGCAGUAGUGGAGAGUAGGAUGUUAGUGCAGGUAAAAACAUCAUGCAUGGGGUCUGCAGUUAUGAGGUGGGAAAAUCUACCCUGGUGGGGAAAUAACACCUGGAUUGGUUUGUAUAGUGACAGUUCUCAGAAAGACAUGGAUUAUUUAGAAUUUGUACCUGUCACCUCACCUAUAGGGGAAUAUUACACUGACCACCCCAUGCAAGCUGGCAUGCACGUCCGGUACUUUACUGGCAACAAGAUCAAUGCACUACUGAGAGGCCAGGAGCUUAGUGACUCCUGUGAUGCACCACCGAUAUCUACUAGAAACCCAGAUGACGUGUACAUCCAGCUAGUUGUUGGGCAGGAUACAAGGGAAAAAAGUAGUACAAAGAGAAAGGAAGGUAAAGAAAAAAAGACCAAACUGAACCAAGAAGUUAGUGUGGUUAAAGAGGGAAAAGCGUGUGCAAAGAUUUACAUCCCAAAAGGUCGCAGAAUUGCAGAAUUGUAUGAUGCCUUUGUGGGAUAUUAUGCCUCACCUGAAGAUGACUUGAGGCAGCUUUAUGAGUUUCAGUCAUUAGCAAAGUUUGAGAGAGCUCCAGAGGCAGAUCUUACUAAUUAUGAUGUAUACAAAGAUUGUGCUUUUGUAGGGCAAAUAGCUCCUCACAGGCAGAUACGAUAUUUCAGAGCAAGAUCCCUUGAAGACCAUCUGAAUGAAGAUGACCCUCCUGCAUGGAAUUGUUAAGCCUCUUUCCUAAAGCAACACUAAAUUUUACUUUUAGGCAUCCACAUGACAAUACAACCAGAAACACAGAAGCACCAACAUUGAUUACAUAAAAUAUUUUAGCUUCAUCAGCAUACCCUUACUGGUUCAGCACCUGGGCUUUGGCAUCCAACAACCUGCUUUAUUUUACUAUUUUUGAGAAAUGUUUAAUGCAUUUACCACAUAUUCCCAUGAUACACUACUGAUUUUGAACAAGCCAACUUCUUACAGAUAUUAUUCUCUGUCCCUGCUGAUCUCUGACUAAAAAAAUGAUUACCUCAUUGCCCCCAAGUCCAUCCAUACUUUAUAUACUUCAUGUUGCACCUUCUUCUUCUUAAGCACCUGCCACUUUUGAAAUGUAUUGUUGUUGGAGACAUUGCUUUUUUCAUGUCCUGUUUCUGCCUCUGACUGCUUUCCUGUAUUUUCUCACUGUUCAGUUUCCUGAUGAAAUUUUGACCGUUACCUGUUUUAUGACCGAUCAUCAUGCAUGGAAUCACAAAUAUUUGACCAUGAACAAGUUAUGGCUACAACAAAAUCACCAACAUGCCAAUUUAAAAGAGAGUAAAACCAUCUUGUCCCUACACCCCUUCUGCGUAUAUAUACUUGUAUAACUUUACUUUGGGAGGAAAAAGAAAUCUCCAGAAUACUGCAUCUUGAAUUUUAAAUGUAAUUCCCAGUAUUUGCACAUGUGUGAUUGCAUCAAAGAUUGGCAAUCAUUAGUGUGUCAAAUACAAGACAAACGACAUCCCUUUUGUCUUAAUAAGUGUUCUGUUGCCGUAUGUUAUAUCACUUAGUUCCGUCAUUCUAAAAUACCUGAUUUCAAUUGUGUAUUUAUGUAGGGACAAUUCACAGUGGUCUAUCAGUUAUCUGCUUUAAAGAACUGAGACUGAUUGCAUUUCCGUGUCCUUUUCCUUCUCUGAACGUCCUGGAAUCCCACUCCACUCCUAUGGACUUUGUACAUUAUGCCUCUAUACCUGAGACAUUUGAAAUGACUUUCUUCUGGGUCCCUUUCUGCAUUUGAUGCUUUUAGUCUCCCAUUGCAUUGAGCAUUUGCCUCCUUUGGCGUUUUCAUUCCAUAUCUCAUUUUUUUCACACUGAAAAGAAGAUACACUUUAAUGUCCUGUUAGGAGUUCCUUUGUUACUCUGUCAGGACUAAAUGCAUGUCUGCAAGUGUUAUGAAACAUACAUUAUUUACUGUAAGCUAUGCAAACCUAUACAACUUUAAGCAGACAAAUUUAUAGGACGUUUAGCAGAGUAUGUGUAGUCCAAAAAGGUAAAAAACUGUAAUGCCCUCUUUGCUAUGUACAAUGGAAAAAGUUAAAUGGAUUUGAAAUGCACAACUAAACAUUCAUUAAAUGGUAAUUCUAGUCGCUUAUUUGAUGCAGUGCUUUUCAAAAGUCGCAAAAUUAUAAAUAUAAUAUAAUAUAAUAAAAAAUGUGUCCAACAUUUGUUUCAGUCUUUCAUAAUAAAAAAAAAACACCUUUGGUUUCUCCUUUUGUUUUAUAUCAAUAUAUUGUUGUUAGGGUCAGCUGACCAAUUUUAGAUAAACUGCAGUUUUACAAAAGCUGAUUUUCAAAUGGAAUUCAAACAGACUAUUCUUCUCCAACUUUAGAAAACUUCUGAGAAUUUUACAACCAAGACAGUUAAGGAACUGUUUACUUUAUAGCUGAACCUCUGUUUUGUUUUCUUCCCUUCUAGUGUACAUAGCAUUGUUCCCUUCUAUAGCUCUCUCUCUUUCUCUUUCCCCAUCUUGCUACUGAAAUCUACAGCACAAAGGAUUAUGAUAGGCAUGCCUAUCAUAACUGGCUCAUUAUCAAUUUAAGACAUGGAUGUCAAGAAAUUCCAUUUGAAAUCAAAGCUCGAGUUGUAAAUCUUGGCAUGCAUGUCAAGGACACAUAAUACAGAUUAUGACCGAUGAGACGAUUAUCAUUUUUGUAGUGCAUGGAGCUUUAUCUGCUCUAUGUACUACUAAUUGCAGAGGAAAAAAUGUUUUGUUUUCUUUCAAAGCUGUAAAACACUUAGUGGAUACUAUCAGAAAGGCAGUGUAAUGCUGUAUAUCACAUUUAUACUUACCUUUAAUGCCUCUCUACCGUCUGCAUUUUUACACAAUGUCCAGAUUAUUGCUUCGUAUUUUUGUUCCGUUCCUCAUGAAAUGUUUUCAGAUAAACUGCCAAGGACUGAAGUCACCAAAUAAUGACAUACAUUUGAGUUUCAGAGUUUGUAUCCUUUACAUUAUGCAGGGGAGGACAUCCUGUUAUUCUAGCAACGUUCUGUUUUUUUUUUUUUUUUUACAGGAAGUUAUGGACACAUUAAGGGUACAGACAGUAUGCAGAACAAAUGUUUCAAUUUGUCACUGUCAGUUGCUAGUUAGUAAAGGCUGAUUUUGCUGCCGAGCAACACACCUGGCCUUAACAGCAUAAGUGGUCCAUAUCUGACACUGCAAUCUAUAUUUCUAUGUUUCCAUAGUUUGGCUAUAUUUUGAAUAGAUUGCUGAGUAACUGCUGAAAAUAUACUUUUGCAGCUUUUAUGUCUGUGAUAUGAAUGUACAGUAUUGGAUUUAUAAAAAUUAACAGUUAACGUUUCCCCAAUGACAACCAAGAAUUUAAAAGAAGGCAAACGUUAUUAUAGCCUGGAUUACAAAGAAAGUGCUCGGGCAAUCGAAACAGUAUGAAGUAUGAAAAUUUAAUCCAACAGAUGACUAAAAACAAUAAAAACAAUAAACAUUCAUAUGAAUAUACGGUGUGCUACAGAUUAAGAGCUUUCAUCCACUCCCAUUGUGGUCUUCAUCAGAACAUGUAGCACAUCAAAGUCAUUGAUUAAAUAUCACUUUUUUGGUGCCAAUGGGAUAAUUCAUUUACUCCACACAUUUAAAGCUGUAUGCAACCUACAUACUAUUAUGUACGGCUGCAUAACUUAACUAAUACAUUAAUUUUCAUUAUAAUAUGAUACAUAAUGGUACAUAAUAGUAUAUAGGUAGCAUACAGCUUUAAAUGUGUGGAGUAAAUGAAUUAGCCCAUUGGUGCCAAAAAAGUGAUAUUUAAACAAUUAGUUAGAUGUGCUACAUGUUUUGAUGAAGUUCACACUGGGAGUGGAUGAAAGUGCUUAAUCUGUAGCACUCUGUAUAUUUAUAUGAAUAUUUAUGGUUUUUAUUGUUUUAGUCAUCUGUUAGUUUACAUUUUCAUACAUUAUACUUUUUCAAUUGCUCGAGCACGUUGUUUGGAAUCUAGGCUAUAAUAAUGUUUGCCUUCUUUUAAAUUCUCAGUAUUGGAUUUAUGGUGGUGUUGCCGAAUGUACUGUUUUUGAUUUAUGGCGGUGUUGCCGAACUUCUUUAUGUUUCCUUCCCUUUGUUACAAUGAUACACAGUGUUGUGAAUAUCUACUAAAAAAAUAAAUAUGGUGCCUGCUACAUUUUACUACAUAUUUUGUAGGUAUCCAAAACCAAUUUUUGUUUUUCAUAAAAUUUACAUUUCUUGUAACAGCAUAUUCUUACCUAGCUGACUCAUAAUUUGAACUAGUUUGAUGGUCUGUAGACAUUUAAGUUCUGUGUGUAUUUCCUUGCAGAGCCAGAUAUGUUUGCUAUUACCUUUUCAUGUUCUACUUGUUUGGGUAACUUUGCUAAAAUGCAUUUUAACUGCUUCUAAAAUAUCCCAGACUAUCUGGCAUGAAUAAAUAUCUGCGUUCCAGUCAUUAGUAGCCAUCUUUUAUGUCAUUAUUUCCCCUGGAUGCAUUUAUAAGAAUAUUACCCUUGUAUCCUCAGAUUCCAUGCUGUAAGCAAACUGAAAAAAAAAAAAAAAAAAACAAUAAAAGCAACAAUUAAAAA